ACGUGACCCCGGCCCCGCAGGAACCGAGGUGCAUUCCAGCUCCGGCAGCAGGAGGGGGGCCGGCGUGCCCAACCCCCAGCCCCGUCACGACCAUGCUGUCCCGCCUGCUCAAAGAACACCAGGCCAAGCAGAAUGAGCGCAAGGAGCUGCAGGAGAAGAGGAGGCGCGAGGCUAUCACUGCAGCGACCUGCCUGACAGAAGCUUUGGUGGAUCACCUCAAUGUGGGUGUGGCCCAGGCCUACAUGAACCAAAGAAAGCUGGACCAUGAGGUGAAGACCCUUCAGGUCCAGGCUGCCCAAUUUGCCAAGCAGACAGGCCAGUGGAUCGGGAUGGUGGAGAACUUCAACCAAGCACUAAAGGAAAUAGGGGAUGUGGAGAACUGGGCUCGGAGCAUCGAACUGGAUAUGCGCACAAUUGCCACUGCACUGGAAUAUGUCUACAAAGGACAGCUACAGUCUGCCCCCUCCUAGCCCCUCUAUCCGACCCCUCAUGCCUCACCCACAGAGGCAGGAGGGAGACUGACAGGUAACCGAUGAAUAAAACUGAAGUGUCCAUUUCUA